UACAUAAGCCGCGGCACCUCCCUGAAGCACUCUUGCCUUUUACAAAACCUACCACAUCAACACAUCACGCCUAGCCAACAUGUCGUUGACCACCGCGCGAUUACAGGAGGAGCGCAAGCAAUGGCGAAAGGACCAUCCUUUCGGAUUCGUCGCAAGGCCAAUGAAGACACCACAAGGCGCCCUCGACCUCAAACGCUGGGACUGUGCGAUUCCAGGCAAAGACAAGACUAUCUGGGAGGGCGGACUCUUCAAACUCGAAGUGAUCUUUCCGGAUGAGUACCCCACGAAACCACCAAAGUGCAAAUUCACGCCUCCACUCUUCCACCCAAACGUCUACCCAUCCGGCACCGUCUGCCUCAGCAUCCUCAACGAAGAAGAAGGCUGGAAGCCCGCGAUCACGAUCAAGGAAAUAUUGCUGGGCAUUCAGAUGCUGUUGGACGAGGUCAACCCGGACUCCCCGGCGCAAGCGGAGGCCUACAACCUGUUCAAGAAGGAUCGCGCGCAGUAUGAGAAGCGCAUCAAGUCGGUGGUGAAGGAUAACCCGGCGCCGUAGAGGCUGUGGGAGACGCAGCAAGACGACACGAAAAUCACGAAGGCUUGAGGAACGGGCGGGAUGGUUUGCUUUCUGGAUUUAGCGAUGGCGCUGUGGGUGUGAAAGGAACGCGGGAAAAGUAUGAAGAUCGGGCGGCACCUCGGUUCUCUGGCUAUGGAGCAUGCAGUAUUUGCAACGAGGGCUCCCCACCUAUGGCAAAUGACAAGCCUGCAUUUGAGAAGGGUCCGAUGCAAUGAGAGGAGGGAGGAUCGACUACUCCGUGUGGCAACAACAUGU